AUGAGCGAUGUGCAAUGGGAUCAAAGUUUCAAUGAAUUGCCAAUAUUGGCAGAGGAGUACGAUGGCAAUGGGGCCACAGGAUUCCUGGAAUGGUUGAUAUCCCGCCAGGUGUUCGACCAAUGCCAGAGUUGCAACGUUGACGCCAGAUAUGCAAUCUGUAAGGGCAAUCAGAUCGAGCUGCAUGUGCCAAUCAGUGCUAGUGUGAAGUACUCUGCCAGUCAAAAUGUGGAAAACACUGUUGUGUGUGUGAGAAACACCACGUACGUGGUCGAGCAGAGUUUGGCUGGUAUCCGGGUUACUUAUCACAAUGUGAUUCGUCACCUGGCAAGCUACCGAGUCAUCUACCAGAUGCCGUUGGCUACGGACAGCUUGGCAAGGUCACUGGGAGGAUAUGUGAAUCAUUUCGCUGUCGAUCCAGCAACGGCAUACCCCCCUCGAACAACGGCGCGGUCCGACACCAAUUCAAUGGCGUCUGCACUAGUACAGCAGUUCGACUUAGGCUCUUCUCAUCUCCAAUACCAUUUUGGCCUCUGGUCGAGAAUAUGGCUCAACUUUCAGGUUCUCGCACACUGUGUGUCGUUGCCUGACAACAUCAGGGGCCUACACUAUCCUGCCCGGUCCAAAUAUGGUGGGAUUGUGGGGUCUUCAGUUGCAGCUUUUUUGAGUGAGGCUGAUGGAUUGAGACGGGGCACGACCAUACCAGUGACCCUUCACAACAGCAGACUUGAAGAAUUGGGAGCCGUCAUUCGGCUGCUGCUGGCUCAGGAACCGGUCAUUGAGCCUUACCUCGAGAAAGAGGGGCCUGGCCAGAUGCUAUCUCCUCCCGACGGCCGUGCUGAAUUCUCGGAUGAGGGCAGAUUCGGAACCUAUCCUGACGGUGAGGAUUUUGUGAUCUGUGCGUCAGCAUUCAAGUUUGAAGAACCGGCACUUAGCAUCUUGGCAAAAAUCUUGCCAGAUGCAGCAGGCUGCACUGCUGGCGCAAUGGUGGCCUGGAGUCUGUCUGCGGGACAGCCGGCAGAAGGGCAACACGAAGAGACUUCUCUGGUUGCACCGGCGUACAGUGCUUGGAUUGCGAGAGGAAGAAAAGCUUUUGCGCAGAGUUCAGUGGUCGGUUCGAUGUUUCCAGACUUGGUGAACUUGGAAAGUGAGGUUAGAAGUACUGAUUCAUCAGUCAGAAACAUCCUCAGAGCUUGGAAGACUUCAGGUCGCAGAAGUGAUUACUACUCGGCGCCACAAUCAAUUUACAAGUUGAUGCGAUUGUACUUGGUGCAGGCAUUGCGCUAUGUCGGGAUGAGGCCGGCAUGCCUAGCUUUGGACGCAAAUCCAGUCACUGAUGCAUACAACGAUGAAAGAGCAGAGGCUGAACAGAUCUGUACUUCCUCACAAGGGACAACGACUGGUCUCAGUGAGGUACUGGACAGAGCGGCAGUGCGACUGUCAAAUGUCACACUGCCCAAGGUGCUUCUCGAGGGCCUGCGGCCAGGAGUUGCAACUCUGAACCCUUCACGGAGUCUUAGCCGUACGGAGUACGGUCCAUACUCCCCUCUCACAUGGCCAGUGUUCAGGGCUAUGACGGGUCCGACAGCUUUGGAGCUCCCACCCAGCCUCCUCACUUUGGUCAGCGAAGCUGGGUUUUGUCCAGCGGAAAGUCAUGCAAUCGAAAUCGUGAUGGAACGUUUCCAAAACAUUGCAGCUGAUCGAGUACUCUUCGCUGGCAAUGAGCAGGCCAGUAUCACAAGCGAAGGAAUACAGCUGCUCGCUGACGCAGGGUUGGGGUUUGGCUCAGAUCUCACAGUGAGAGUCUUCCCAAAUCUGGCGGUUGACACGGGCCUUGAGAUGCACGCAUGUGCUGUCAGAGAAGUGAGCAGUCAGUCCACCACGUUUGUUGGACGGGGUGCGCAAGUGAACUUGGACUGGGUUGGCGUCCCCGUGGUGGUCCAAGGAGCUCCUAGAACUGAAAUGACUACGUACAGGUGCAUGCCUUUCAGAGCGACUGGGAUCUUGCGAUGGUGUAUGAUUCGACCGCCCAGGUUGUUGAGAUACUCUUUGCCUAAAACAUCUCGGUCAUUGAAGCCAGUGUUGAACAGCAUCGGUUCAAGCUUCAAGCUGCUCAACGUGGCAGUGUUGUUUCUCAACAGCAGAGUGCCACCUACGUUGAGCACAACAAUGUUGGAAAAGCCGGCAACUCUGCGUAUCUCAAAGCGCAAACCGGAUUUGCAAAAACCCUCCAUUGAUGCCAAUGAAGAUUUGAGGAAAAGGGAGGAGGACGCAAAUGCGGGGGCAAAGAAGAGAGUGUCCCUUCCACCUCCUCCGAAGGUGGAUGGGAAUUUGGAUCCGGCCAACGCCCUCGCCGAAGCUGUGCCAAAUCCACUGGAUGGCGAGGAGCUCACACCAAAAGGUGCUGAUGAGAACGCCGAUGAUCAUCGCUAG